UUGGUGCUCGGGGCCGUUUCUCGGCCUUGGAGAAGGAGUCCGCCUUCGUUCCGUAGCGAGUUCUAGUGUUUCAUCAGGCAUCCCUGUGUCGACUAAGUUCCAGAAGUUGAUCCAGAUAUUGCUGACAUGGCAACAACAGACAGCAUGCAGGGUUUGGAUGACGUCAGGAGAGGAGCAGCAGGGGGUUCUGCCGACAGUGUUCUCACCUGGCACGGAGACAGACGUGAGGAGUCUGGGAAGGAGUACGGUAGGAAAGACAAAGGUGUGAGAGUGUACAGGUGUAAGGAGUGCAGCAAGCAGUUCAGUAGGCUGGGUCAUCUGAAGAGGCACGUGCGAACUCACACAGGGGAGAAACCAUACAGAUGUAAGGAUUGCAGCAGGCAGUUCAGUCAGCUUGGUGAUCUGAAGAGGCACAUGCACACUCACACAGGGGAGAAACCCUACAGGUGUGAGGAGUGCAGUAAGCAGUUCAGUCAGAUGAGUGAUCUGAAGAAACACAUGAGGACUCACACAGGGGAGAAACCCUACAGGUGUGAGGAGUGCAGUAAGCAGUUCAGUAAGCUGAGUAAUCUGAAGAGACACAUGCGAGCUCACACAGGGGAAAAACCUUACAGAUGUGAGGAGUGCACCAAGCAGUUCAGUCAACUUAGUGAUCUGAAGACUCACAUGAGGACUCACACAGGAGAGAAACCAUACAGGUGUGAGGAUUGUAGCAGGCAGUUUUGUCAGCUGGCAAUUCUGAAGACUCACAUGCACACUCACACGGGGGAGAAACCCUACAUGUGUGAACAGUGCAGCAUGCAGUUCAGUCAGCUGAGUAAUCUAAAGACUCACAUGCGGACUCACACAGGUGAGAAACCCUACAGUUGUGAGGGGUGCAGCAGGCAGUUCAGUAAGCUGAGUAAUCUGAAGAGACACAUGCGAGCUCACACAGGGGAAAAACCUUACAGGUGUGAGGAGUGUACCAAGCAGUUCAGUCAACUUGGUGAUCUGAAGAGACACAUGCAGACUCAUACGGGUGAGAAACCUCACAAGUGUGAGGAGUGCAGCAGGCAGUUCAGUGUGCUAAGUAAUCUGAAGACUCACAUGCGGGCUCACACAGGGGAGAAACCCUACAGGUGUGAGGAGUGCAGCAGGCAGUUUAGUCAGCUGAGUCAUCUGAAGACUCACAUGCGGACUCAUACAGGGGAGAAACCCUACAGGUGUGAGGAGUGUACCAGACAGUUCCGUCAUCUGGGUGAUCUUAAGACUCACAUGUGGACUCACACAGGAGAGAAACCCUACAGCUGUGAGGAGUGCAGCAGGCAGUUCAAUACACUUAGUAGUUUGAAGAGACACAUGCGGACUCAUACAGGGGAGAAAUGCAGCAGGCAGUUCAGUCAGCAUGGUGAUCUAAAGACUCACAUGCGGACUCACACAGGGGAGAAACCCUACAGGUGUGAGGAGUGCAGCAGGCGGUUCAGUCAGCAUGGUGAUCUAAAGAAACACAUGCGGACUCACACUGGGGAGAAACCACACAGGUGUGAGGAGUGCAGCAGGCAGUUUAGUCAGCUGGGCAAUCUGAAGACACACAUGCGGACUCACACAGGGGAGAAACCCUACAAGUGUGAGGAGUGCAGCAGGCGGUUCAGUCAGCAUGGUGAUCUAAAGACUCACAUGCGGACUCACACAGGGGAGAAACCCUACAUGUGUGAGGAGUGCAGCAGGCAGUUUAGUCAGCUGGGCAAUCUGAAGACACACAUGCGGACUCACACAGAGGAGAAACCCUACAAGUGUGAGGAGUGCAGCAGGCAGUUUAGUCAGCUGGGCAAUCUGAAGACACACAUGCGGACUCACACAGGGGAGAAACCCUACAAGUGUGAGGAGUGCAGCAGGCAGGUCGUGAAACCUAUGUUCCUGUCUUCAGGCCAAGCUGAUCCCGAUAUUGCUGACAUGGCAACAAGAGACAGCAUUCAGGGUUUGGAUGACGUCAGGAGAGGAGCAGCAGGGGGUUCUGCCGACAGUGUUCUCACCUGGCAAGGAGACAGACGUGAGGAGUCUGGGGAGGAGUCCGGUAGGAGAGACAAAGGGGUGAGAGUGUACAGGUGUGAGGAGUGCAGCAGGCAGUUCAGUAAGCUGAGUAAUCUGAAGACUCACAUGCGCACUCACACAGGGGAGAAACCCUACAGGUGUGAGGAGUGCAGCAGGCAGUUCAGUAGGCUGAGUAAUCUGAAGACUCACAUGCGGGCUCACACAGGGGAGAAACCCUACAGGUGUGAGGAGUGCAGCAGGCAGUUCAGUGAGCUGGGUCAUCUGAAGACUCACAUACGGACUCACACAGGGGAGACACCAUACAGGUGUGAGGAGUGCAGCAGGCAGUUCAGUCAGCUGGGAAGUCUGAAGAAACACAUGCGCACUCAUACAGGAGAAAAGCCCUUCAGGUGUGAGAAGUGCAGCAGGCAAUUCAGUAAGCUGAGUAAUCUGAAGACUCACAUGCGCACUCACACAGGGGAGAAACCCUACAGGUGUGAGGAGUGCAGCAGGCAGUUCAGUAGGCUGAGUAAUCUGAAGACUCACAUGCGGGCUCACACAGGGGAGAAACCCUACAGGUGUGAGGAGUGCAGCAGGCAGUUCAGUGAGCUGGGUCAUCUUAAGACUCACAUGCGGACUCACACAGGGGAGAAACCCUACAGGUGUGAGGAGUGCAGCAAGCAGUUCAGUAAGCUGAGUAAUCUGAAGAGGCACAUGCGCACUCACACAGGGGAGAAAUCCUACAGGUGUGACGAGUGCAGCAGGCAGUUCAGUCAGCUGGGUGAUCUGAAGACACACUUGCGCACUCACACAGGGGAGAAGCCUUACAGGUGUGAGGAGUGCAGCAGGCAGUUCAGUAGGCUAGGUCAUCUGAAGAGUCACAUGCGCACUCACACGGGGGAGAAACCCUACAUGUGUGAGGAGUGCAGCAGGCAGUUCAGUAGGCUGGAUAGUCUGAAGAGUCACAUACGGACUCACGCAGGGGAGAAACCCUACAGGUGUGAGGAGUGCAGCAAGCAGUUCAGUAGGCUGGAUAGUCUGAAUACUCACAUACGGACUCACACUGGGGAGAAACCCUACAGGUGUGAGGAGUGCAACAGGCAGUUCAGUAAGCUUAGUGAUUUCAAAAGACACAUGCGGGCUCACACAGGGGAGAAACCCUACAGGUGUGAGGAGUGCAGCAAGCAGUUCAGUAAGCUGAGUAAUCUGAAGAGGCACAUGCGCACUCACACAGGUGAGAAAUCCUACAGGUGUGACGAGUGCAGCAGGCAGUUCAGUCAGCUGGGUGAUCUGAAGACUCACUUGCGCACUCACACAGGGGAGAAGCCUUACAGGUGUGAGGAGUGCAGCAAGCAGUUCAGCAGGCUGGGUCAUCUGAAGAGUCACAUGCGCACUCACACAGGGGAGAAACCCUACAUGUGUGAGGAGUGCAGCAAGCAGUUCAGUAGGCUGGAUAGUCUGAAGAGUCACAUACGGACUCACACAGGGGAGAAACCCUACAGGUGUGAGGAGUGCAGCAAGCAGUUCAGUAGGCCGGAUAGUCUGAAUACUCACAUACGGACUCACACUGGGGAGAAACCCUACAGGUGUGAGGAGUGCAACAGGCAGUUCAGUCAGCUGAGUGAUUUCAAAAGACACAUGCGGCCUCACACAGGGGAGAAACCCUACAGGUGUGAGGAGUGCAGCAAGCAGUUCAGUAAGCUGAGUAAUCUGAAGAGGCACAUGCGCACUCACACAGGUGAGAAAUCCUACAGGUGUGACGAGUGCAGCAGGCAGUUCAGUCAGCUGGGUGAUCUGAAGAAACACUUGCGCACUCACACAGGGGAGAAGCCUUACAGGUGUGAGGAGUGCAGCAAGCUGUUCAGUAGGCUGGGUCAUCUGAAGAGUCACAUGCGCACUCACACAGGGGAGAAACCCUACAUGUGUGAGGAGUGCAGCAGGCAGUUCAGUAGGCUGGAUAGUCUGAAGAGUCACAUACGGACUCACACAGGGGAGAAACCUUACAGAUGUGAGGGAUGCAGCAGGCUGUUCAGUCAGCUGGGUAAUCUGAAGAAACACGUGCAGACUCACCCUGGAAAAAUUGAUGGUGUAAGGGACGAAGCAGGCAGUUUUGUGAACUAG